AUGGCCCACACCUUGGGAUCAGAGCCGUUUGCAGAGGACAGCGAGGAAGAGAGGCCCAAAUGGGACAACAAGUUCCAGUACCUCCUGAGUUGCAUUGGGUUUGCCGUGGGGCUGGGGAACAUAUGGCGGUUCCCAUACCUGUGCCAGAGUCAUGGAGGAGGUGCCUUUCUCAUCCCCUACUUCAUUGCUCUGGUCUUCGAGGGGAUCCCACUCUUCCACAUCGAGCUCGCCAUUGGCCAACGCCUGCGCAGGGGCAGCAUCGGGGUGUGGACAGCCAUCUCCCCCUACCUUGGUGGAGUAGGGCUGGGCUGCUUCACUGUGUCCUUCCUGGUCAGCCUGUACUACAACACCAUCUUGAUGUGGGUGCUCUGGUAUUUCCUCAACUCCUUCCAGCACCCAUUGCCCUGGAGUGCCUGCCCCCUGGACCUCAACAGGACAGGGCUCGUGGAGGAAUGCCAGGGCAGCAGCUCUGUGAGCUACUUCUGGUACCGACAGACUCUCAACAUCACAGCCAACAUCAACGACAGCGGGACUGUGCAGUGGCGGCUACUCAUUUGCUUGGCCACCUGCUGGGUGAUCGUGUACCUGUGUGUCAUCAGGGGCAUUGAGUCUUCAGGAAAGGUGAUUUAUUUCACAGCCCUAUUCCCAUACCUGGUCCUGACAGUCUUCCUGAUCCAAGGACUUACCCUGCCUGGGGCAACAGAAGGACUGAUCUACUUGUUCACCCCCAAUAUGCACACUCUCCAGAACCCACGGGUGUGGCUCGACGCAGCCACCCAGAUAUUCUUCUCUCUGUCCCUGGCCUUCGGGGGACACAUUGCAUUUGCAAGUUACAACCCGCCCAGGAAUGACUGCAAGAAGGACGCUGUGACCAUUGCCCUGGUGAACAGCAUGACCUCUCUCUAUGCUUCCGUUGUGGUCUUCUCCAUCGUGGGUUUCAAGGCAACCAAUGACUACAGGCACUGCCUGGACAGGAACAUCCUCAGCCUCAUCAAUGCCUUCGACCUCCCAGACCAGAGCGUCUCCAGGGAUGACUACCUGGCCUUGCUCACUUACCUGAAUGCCACCCAGCCGGCCCAUGUGGCCCAGCUCCAGCUGAAGAGUUGCCACCUGGAGGACUUCCUGGACAAGAGCGCCUCGGGCACGGGCCUGGCCUUCAUCGUCUUCACGGAGGCCAUCAUCCACAUGCCUGGGGCUCCUGGGUGGGCCGUGCUCUUCUUUGGAAUGAUGUUCACCUUGGGCUUGUCGUCCAUGUUUGGGAAUAUGGAGGGGGUCAUCACACCACUCCUGGAUCUGGGGGUCCUGCCCAGAUCAGUCCCCAAGGAGGUCCUGACUGGGGUGGUCUGCCUGGUCUGUUUCCUGUCAGCACUCUGCUUCACCCUGCAGUCUGGGAACUACUGGCUUGAGAUCUUUGACAACUACGCCGCCUCCCUGAACCUGAUCAUCUUCGCCUUCUUCGAGGUCAUUGGCGUCGUGUAUAUCUAUGGGAUGAAACGGUUCUGCAACGACGUGGAGUGGAUGACUGGGAGGCGGCCAGGCCUCUACUGGCAGGUGACAUGGAAACUUGUCAGCCCCCUCCUGCUGCUGUCCAUCUUUGUGGCCUACAUCAUGCUUCUGGCCCAGAAGACACCAAGCUACAGGGUCUGGAACCCCCAAGACGAGCACUUCCCCUCUCGGCAGGAGAAGCUUUACCCCAGCUGGGUGCAGGCCACCUGCGUGCUCCUGUCUUUCCUGCCUUUCCUGUGGGUCCCAGCGGUUGCAUUGGCCCAGCUGCUUGCCCGGAGAGGAAGACAAAAGCAGCAAGAUGUGCACCCACAGCUGCAGGAUGGCUGUGGCUGCUGA